AUGAGGUUCACGCUCGACUCGGCGUCGGACAUCUCGGCAGACGAGCAGCCUUCGCCAACGGUCGUCCGAACCUCACUUCCGCACCAAGCACUUGCUCGUAUCACAUCACAAGCGGCGAAACCACACAACUUUUCAGCAUCACCCACGUCGUCAUCGCAGAAGCCUGCAAGGAAGGGUAUUCUGCGGCACACUUCCUCUCACAAUUCUACUACGUCCAAUUCACAGCGUCGACAACGCUUCAGGGACGACAACUAUGACGAGGACGCGCACAGCACAUUGAACGCCCACCAGGAUCAAACAGAAUUGACACCGCACAGUCACACUUAUGAUGUGCCCAUAUCAUCCACGCUCCCGCAUCGGGCUCGAAGGCGUAGUGUCACGCCCUCUUUUGAGCUAGUCGGCAUGCCUUCUCCAUCAGCUUCGUCUUCACGACUCACGCCUAACAGUCCUGGGCCAUCCUCUCUGAAAUCAUCAGGCAGACCGAGCUCAACGGCAUCUAGAUCACUGCCACCAUGGAUGAGACCAUCGAACCGAUUACAUCGCAGUCAGCCGUACGAGUUUCCAGAUUCGUCGGAAGAUGAAAAUACGGCACUCUCGUCUUCUGAAGAUGAUGACAGUAUCUCUGACGCUGACGAGGACAAUUCAGACGAUUUAUCUUCGCCUCAGACAUCACCGUACGACCAAGAACGAAGGACCGACAGUGAAGAAGAGGCAUGGCCUGACGACUCGUCUUCGCAUAGACAUUAUACCAGCAGCAGACCAGAAGCAUCGCGUCAGCGAGGCAACACAUCAACAGCCAAGCUCGCUUCCAUCGCUAGCGAUGACUGGGAAGAAUGGAAUCGUAAUGCGGCCCAACUCGCCUGGUAUCGGGCGCGCACCCUCAAGAGGGACACCACAACCGCCGAUGCCGGCUCGCUCGCUCGCUCCAAAUCAAAGCCAGUAGCAACGCCUACUGUGGAUAAUGACGUUGAAGAGGUUCAAGCUCUGCUCUCCAGCCUCAACAUGCGUCGCACACAAGAAGAGGCUGAAGUCAAGAAGGCGUUUGAAGCACGUAAUAAAGAUCUUUGGUCAGGUAUCGACGCGUGUAUUCUCGCGGCCGAAACGGAAGCACGCAAAGUCGCUGCAGCGGAAGCAGCGCGACUCGAAGCGGUUCGCAAGUCGCAAGAAGAAGCAGAGCGCAAAGCGGCUCAGGCGCGCCAAGCCGAGCUCGAGCAGAUCGAAGCAGAGAAGAAAGCGGCUCAAGCCGACGCCGAGCGACGGAAAAAGGAACAAGAAGCUGAAGCGGACAAGCAGAAGCUGGAAGCAGCUGAGCAGGAGAAGGUUCGCGCCAUGGGAGGCACUGGUGACGACAUUCGCAAAGCCGCUUUGACAGAGUACGACGAAUGGAUGACCAAGAUCCGCCACAUCAAGACCAACCUUUUACCAACGAUCUCGUCAAACCCGGAUUUACGAAAGCAGUGCUUUGCAGCCAAACGUCAAAUCACGCCCAAGAUUGGGCAACUGACCAACUCGCGCCAAGAGAUCACACGCAUCACUCAAGCCAUCGCUUCUGUCCUCGAUGCUGCCAAGCAAGCGGCUGCAUCGGGCACUGGCGAUGUCUACACAUGGAUCCUCAACCACCUCUCGAAAUGUUUGAUCCGACAAGCGGAACAAGAGGUGGCUGCCAAGCAAGAUACUGCCUAUCCCUUAGCCCGUGUGGUGGUAUGGCUGCUGCUGUUGGGUCAUGUAGAGUUGGGCGAUGUUUUGAUGGCACGUCUCUGCAAAAAGUGUCCGUGGGUCGUACCUGUUUGGCCUGGUAGGGGAAAGGAUAUGGACGAAGCAAGCUAUCGAAAAGUAAUGGGUUACAAGUCGGCCGACGAAACGACAGAAAAUUAUUCCAACAGGAUGAACGGGAUCACCGCUUUUUUCUUUGCAAUCCUUCAAACCGUGCCUACUGUUCCCACCAACACGACGAACCUCGACGUAGAAAGCAUCCCGUCUCACUUACGCUCAACAACGCUUUGGAGGUGGGCAGUUCGUGCUAUCGCGCCUUGCUCCUCCAACGUUGCCUUCUUGGACCAUCCAAUGUGCCCAAACAUCUGGUCGGUAUUUGUCGAGAUCGCCGGAGACCGCGCGCUCAAUGUGUACGGAAAGCAAAUGCGCAAAAUCUUUGCGCUGUUGCUGAAAGAUGGCGUACAGGGCAAACGAGCAGGUUGGUGGAAACAUGCAGAUGACAAACCGUACGUGAAGGCUGCCACGGUGAGACUCGAGUUGCUACUGAUGGAUUGGAGCACUUCGGCCGGUCAGAUGAUUGUGAAGGGCGCCACCAAGGGUGUGGAGAUGGAGCCGUAG